GCCACAGAAGCUAGCAGCUCACCUACCAUCCUUUCAGGAUUCCCAGGGAGAGGCAGCUGCAGACGAUGGGCAGCAUCGAGCAGACAACGGAAGUCUUGUUGUGUCUGUCACCAGCAGAGGUUGCUAAUCUGAAGGAAGGAAUCAAUUUCUUUCGGAAUAAGAAAACGGGCAAGGAUUACAUCCUGUACAAGAGUAAGAGUCGCGUGAGAGCGUGCAAAAACAUGUGCAAGCAUCAAGGAGGCCUGUUCAUAAAAGACAUCGAGGAUUUAGACGGAAGGUCUGUCAGGUGCACAAAGCACAACUGGAAGUUGGAUGUGAGCACCAUGAAGUACGUGAACCCCCCAGACAGCUUCUGCCAAGACGAACUAGUUGUUGAAAUGGAUGAAGAAAAUGGACUUUUACUUCUAGAACUGAAUCCUCCCAACCCCUGGGAUUUAGAACCCAGAUCUCCUGAACAUUUGGCUUUUGGUGAAGUGCAGAUAACGUACCUCACCCACGCCUGCAUGGACCUCAAGCUGGGAGACAAGAAGAUGGUGUUUGACCCUUGGUUAACGGGUCCUGCGUUCGCCCGGGGAUGGUGGCUGCUGCAUGAGCCUCCACCGGAUUGGCUGGAGAGGCUGUGCCGCGCAGACCUCAUUUACAUCAGUCACAUGCACUCAGACCACCUGAGUUACCCCACGCUGAAGGAGCUGGCUAGGAGAAGACCAGAUAUUCCCAUUUAUGUUGGAAACACGGAGAGACCUGUAUUUUGGAAUCUGAACCAGAGCGGUGUCCAGCUGACCAAUAUCAAUGUAGUGCCAUUUGGAAUAUGGCAGCAGGUAGACAAAAAUCUUCGAUUCAUGAUCUUGAUGGAUGGCGUUCAUCCUGAGAUGGACACUUGUAUUAUUGUGGAGUAUAAAGGUCAUAAGAUACUUAAUACAGUGGACUGCACCAGGCCCAAUGGGGGAAGGCUGCCUGAGAAGGUUGCUCUAAUGAUGAGUGAUUUUGCUGGAGGAGCAUCAGGCUUUCCAAUGACUUUCAGUGGUGGAAAAUUUACCGAGGAAUGGAAAGCCCAGUUCAUUAAGACAGAAAGGAAGAAGCUCUUGAACUACAAGGCCCAGCUGGUGAAGGACCUACAACCCCGAAUUUAUUGCCCCUUUGCUGGGUAUUUUGUGGAAUCCCACCCAUCAGACAAGUAUAUUAAGGAAACAAACAUCAAAAAUGAUCCAAAUGAACUUAACAGUCUCAUCAGGAAAAACUCCGAUGUGGUCACGUGGACCCCACGGCCCGGAGCCACUCUUGAUCUGAGUCGGAUGCUAACGGACCCGACGGACAGCAAGGGCAUCAUAGAGCCUCCAGAGGGGACCAAAAUCUACAAGGAUUCCUGGGACUUUGAACCAUAUUUGAACAUCUUGAAUGCUGCUGUAGAAGAUGAGAUAUUUCUUCACUCAUCCUGGAUAAAAGAAUACUUCACUUGGGCAGGAUUUAAGGAUUAUAACCUGGUGGUCAGGAUUCGGAGCCGGGUUGACGUCAUCAGACAUGUGGUGAAGAACGGGCUUCUCUGGGAUGACUUGUACAUAGGAUUCCAAACGCGGCUGCAGCGGCAUCCUGACAUAUACCACCAUCUGUUUUGGAAUCAUUUUCAAAUAAAACUCCCUCUAACGCCACCCAACUGGAGGUCCUUCCUGAUGCACUGUAGGUAGAGGAGACCUCAGUUUCCCAGAGAUGCCAAACAACAUAGAAAAUGCAAGAAUUUACUGAUGCUACAACUUGAACACAAGAAGCUUAUACCAAAGGGACUUACACCUUAUUGAAAGCAACAGUGGAUAAUUACAUGUUGUGUUUGUGAGAUGUUCACAUAUCUUAUGUUUAUGGAUCACUACAUAGCCAGAUAAUUUAGAUUUUACUUAUUCUAUACACAAUUCUCAGUAAAAGAAGUGAUGAGCCCUGCAAGAACAGAUUGUCUAUGGGAAAUAAAUCAUAACAGGAGGAGAUGUGAAUCUGAGGACUGAAGAAAUAGAACAGGAGAGACACAAUUCCCUUGAGAACAACGAGGAAACUGGAAAGGUGUGGAGGAGCCAAAGUUGGGUUAGAAAAAUGGAAGAAAGAAGGAAAUGGAUAAAUGAACGACCAUAAGAACAAAACAGGAAGGAGAAAAACUUAAAAGAAGACUCUGACAAUAGAUAUUUUGUUGCUUAAUAGAUUGAUUUCCCAAAUAGGGUCCAUUAGGAGAGUCGGGUAGAAGAGCUCAGGGGCUGUUUUGAGUUUUUCAGAAAGCUUUGUUGAAAUCAUAUACAUUUGCCAAAACAAGGCUGCUGAGGCUGCCCUAAAAGGGAAACUUUCAUUGGGACUGAAAUUAUUUUGCUUCUGGGACAAAAUUAGUCAUUUCCUGCAGCUUAUAAAUUCUAACAAAUGGAAAGAUCUUUGGUUAAUAAUAAUAAUUUUUAAAAAGAACACUAACUAGUAAUAAAAUGAAUUUUGUAGACAAAAAUCUUUCAAAAUCAAUAGAAAAGUCCACAACAAGCAUCCAUACCUUGAAAAAAUUGGGAAAUCCUCUUCUGAACAUAUGAAAACAUCAUUUCAGUGGGUAACAUAAGCAACUAAUUUAUCUCGUUUCUGCUACUGUCUGUAAUUUUGGGUGAUACUUGCAUGAGUAAGGCACAGCCAUGCACAUUUAUCCCUAGGAAAUGUGAUUGUUAACAAGGUUUCUAUUUUACAUGUUGACGUUGCUACUACAACACACACACACAAACACAAACACACAGCUCUCAUUGAUUGAACAUCAAUAUUGAUUUUCUGAUUGUAUAUACUACCUCUUUAAUUCUGAAGAUAAAAGAAUCCAAUGGUGAAAUUUACCUCCUUAAAUGUCUAAAUUCACACUUUAGAAAGGUUGAUCUAUUUCUCAUGAAGAUUAAUAUCAAUGAUGUUCCAUUAUUCUGGUUCGCCUCACACAUUAUGCAUGUAAUUCAGGAAUUAUAUUUUGUGAUUUACACUGUGUAAUAAGUUAUUCAAUCAUUAUUGAAAAAUAAAUAUAAUAUUUAUCAAUAAAAUAUAUGUUUCAAUGUAUAUGAU